AUGGCGGCGCAGCAGCAGGACCGCACGGGUGUUGUGCAGCCGGCGGGGCCCGCGGCGGAGGCCGACCCGCUGGCCCGCUUCACGUGUCCCGUGUGCUUAGAGGUGUACGAGAAGCCGGUGCGCGUGCUCUGCGGACACGUCUUUUGCUCUGCAUGCCUGCAGGAAUGUCUGAAGCCGAAGAAGCCUGUCUGUGGGGUCUGUCGCAGCCCUCUGGCACCUGGCGAGCGAGCCGUGGAGCUCGAGCGGCAGAUUGAGAGCACAGAGACUUCUUGCCAUGGCUGCCGUAAAAAUUUCUUCCUAUCUAAGAUCCGGGCCCACGUGGCUACCUGUUCCAAAUACCAGAAUUACAUCAUGGAAGGUGUGAAGGCCACCACCAAGGAUGUGUCCCUUCAGCCAAGGAAUAUCCCAAACCGUUACACCUUUCCUUGCCCGUAUUGUCCCGAGAAGAACUUUGAUCAAGAAGGACUUGUGGAACACUGCAAGUUAUCCCAUAGCACAGACACCAAAUCUGUGGUUUGUCCAAUAUGUGCUUCAAUGCCCUGGGGGGACCCCAACUACCGCAGCACCAACUUCAUCGAGCACAUCCAGCGGCGGCACCAGUUUUCUUAUGACACCUUUGUGGAUUACGAUGUUGAUGAAGAGGACAUGAUGAAUCAGGUGUUGCAACGCUCCAUCAUUGAUCAGUGA